AGAAAUAAGGCAAGUUAAAUCAGCCAAUUAGAAUGAGGUUCCUUGAUUUUCAUGGAUGUGGAACUGGCCGCAACAAUAGCAAAAAGAGCUCUCUUUUCCCCAUUGCCAAAAACCGCACCAGAUGUUUGCAAAGCAAACAGCAACGGAAGAAAAGGGCGAUGGAGAAGAUAGAAAAGAACAUGAAGAGGAUGAAAAAGGAGAUGGAAGAAAUAAGUGAGGAGCAGAGAAGUAUAAGGGAAGGGCAGAGACAAGUUAGGCAGAUGUUCGAGGCGAUGGAAGAAGAAUGCAAGCAGCUUCGGGGGGAAACGAAGCUCAUAACGAUGCAGAGCAGAAGCACCCAACUCCGCCUCUUUCUCAUGUUCCAAAUUCUCAAAGCAAGGGAGAACAAUGAUCUUGUCACAGCCACCGAGUUGACUCGAUGUCUACGGUUGGUCCCAUUUGCUUUCCAUUCCAAAUGUUUAAUUGUUCAUGUAUCUGAAUUACAUAAAAAAAGAAGAAGUCAAAUCCUUACAAGGAAACAACAGAAUUUAGUUUAACUUUCUCACAAAUUACUUUAGCUUGGCUUUAAUUAAGAUAGGAAGAAAACUUGUUAAUUAUACAAAGCAGAUCAAGAGAAAUAUUAGCUCUACUUUUCCAAACAUUAGAAACAGGGCAGAGUAGGGACAGGGGUUGCCCU